GUACCGUGGGCUUCGGGGUGUGUGUAUGUGUGUGUCAACUGACAUAUCUAAUAUGAUAGAUACAAUUAAAGUAUAAUACUCUUUUUAACCUACUAACUAUUCAUCUUUAACUAUUCCUUAUUAUUCCUUAUCCCUACAAUAGCUCUUAAACUAACUACCUAACCUACCUAAGUCCUAAACUGAAACCUUACCCUCAAAUCGUGCCGGCCGAACUCUUCCCAGUCUUUUCCCAAAUCGAAUUCCCCCAGUCGAUCCUCUUCGAUUCCCCAAUUUAAUUUUUUAAAUUCCUCGAAGAACGGGAGAACAAAAAAAAAAAGUCUUGGCUUCUUUCCUCAAUUGUCACUUUUGUGUUUCUUUAUAUCCAUCCAUUCCCAUUUUCCGCAACCACCCCUAACCUUGUCUACAUAAUCGAUCAAGCCUCAUUAGACGAUCGGCCCCUUAUUCCUUAUUCCCGGAUGCGCCACCUGCAGUUCUGUCUUCAGCCUCAAUUGAAUCCUCCCCCGGGCAGAUUGCAGUCAUUGCGGCAUAGCAGCAAUACCGCGCCCAAGGCUAAAGGCUAAAGGCUAAAGGCUAGAGAGACGAAGAAGCGAGAAGAGCAACCAACGCGCAUGUCGUCAUCUCAGGUUCCGACGGAUUUGUUGUACGGCAGCGGAGGAUAUUCUGGAAACUCUGCCAAUUCCAAUUCCGCUGUUUCCGCAACCUCUGCUUUAUCGCCAAUCACAAUACUCACACCGACCUCAGCGAGUACACUCUACACUUCGCCCGAUUCGGCAACUCAGCCUUAUUUCGGCCCCAAGUCUGAACCUGAAGAUGGCGACGGCACGAGCAGCGGAGGUAGCGUCACCGCCGUACCUCCGUUCUCCGAACCCCUAAAGAAGAAGCAGAAGCGCAACAAACCGACGCUAUCGUGUUACGAAUGUGUCGAACGGAAGACGAAGUGCGAUCGAGGUAGACCUCACUGUUUAGCUUGUAUAAAACGACAAACGGAAUGCAAAUAUGCGCACGUGGCAAACCUCCUCGAAGAGACAUCACGGUCGGCCACCAACGGCCGCAGGAUGACGAAACCACCAAAGAAGAAGGUGACGAUGAGUGGGAUGAGACCUUCGAUUCCAAAUAUAGCAGAUAGAGGUAUUCCCACCAGUCGAAUGACAUCUCGUGGGUCCGUCGCACUGUCAACAGGGCUCAUCUCUAACGUUUCUCUAUCCCACCCAACAGCAUCCAAUGUCUUUGGGGUAGGCUCAGAACACCCUUUUACCAACUACUGGACUUGCGAGGGCGGGCUCCCCGAGGUCAUCGGGGUUCUACCCGACAAGUUGCAGACCGAUAUCCUCAUCAGCCAGUACUACGAAUGCGUGGACCCGGUCUAUCCCAUAAUCGACCGCCAUACCUUCUAUCUCGAGUACGAGCACUUCUGGUCCUUGCGAGAUUCCGAGAAGACCGACGCCGCUUUCGUAGGCUUGCUCUUCACCAUGAUGGCCCUGGGAACGCAAUUCGUGUUGACGACGAACCCUAAAGAUCGCAAGCAAACUGCCGAGUUCUAUGCCUCGGCAGGUAAUCAGGCGUUGCGUAUGUCCUCAUAUUUAAAUACGGCCUCAUUACGCUCUGUUCAAGCUAUGGUACUGGUUGGCUACUUCUUAAUAAACGACAAUCAUGCAUCAGACGGUUGGGCUUUUUCAGGCUUAUUAUUGAGGCAAGCUUAUGCGAUGGGCCUGCAUAGGGAUCCAAAUAUAGUGGUCCCUAGCGCAAGCGAAUUCGAAAAGCAGCAACGGCGCAAGUUGUGGCAAGCCGUCCUCGUCCAGGACACCUUUCUAACGGUGCUACUCUCGCUACCCCCCAACGCCACGCACACGGACGUCAAAGUCGAGGACUUCGUCGACGACGUAUCCGGGUUCGGCGAGUCGAAUCCGAUCGACACGGCGUAUAUCCGCGGGUCUUGGAUGCUGGCCAACCUAGUCCAAGAAACCAUCUCCAGCCCGCGCUCGCUCGACGUGCCCAUCUGCUCCACGCAGCGGCAGAAGUCGAAGCUGGUAGCCGACUUCCGCGCCGUCUACCGCUCGUUCCCGGACGUGUUCCGGUCGUGGGACCAGGAGAGCAUCGCGCAGCUGGCGUGCACGAACAAGCGCGUGGUGCGGCAGACGCUGUUCCUCAGCAGCAACUACUACCACAACCUCAUGCUGGUGCACGCCUCCGAGAGCCCCGACGUGCCCGUCAACAUCCGCGCGACGCUCGAGGCCGCGCACGAGGCCCUCACGUGCUUCUUCGUGCUGUGCACCCUGUUCGACCCCGAGGCCAGGGUGUGGUGGGUUUUCCACCACAGGGCGUUCUUGGAGGCCCUGUGCAUUGGGAGCGUGCUGCGCGAGGCGGGGAGAGAUCCGGCGGCUUCGGACCAGUUCUUGAGGGACCCGCUGUUUGCGAGGGCGAGGGCCGAUAUAACGCGUAUGGUCCAAAUCAUGAAGAUGAUGGCGGAUGGCGAGUGGGGCUCUGACGACGCGAGGACGAGGGUGGCGGUAUUGAGCGAGUUUUUGUAGAUACUAAGGUAGGUAGGUAGUUGUGAAGAUGGAGUGGUGGUGGUAAAGGGGGGGGGAGAGAACUUGUAUAUAGUCUCUAAUGCACAUUAUGAUCAUUAUACCUGACA